ACCAAAGUUCAGAGCCAUCCUGAACAUCUCCACACACUGAGACUAAAUGGACCCAAAGAUCUCACUCUCUAUUCAGCUGCUGUUGGUUGGAAUUUCCUUGGCAGCUCCAGUUGGGGAGUACGACAAUUCAAAUGGAAUUGAAACGCCUCAAAAUGUGGACAUCACAACGUUAUUGGAGACCAACAAGGGAUCUUCCAGACGCCUAAUUGAAGGAGAUAUGCUGUAUCCCCAAACCCGAAAUGCUCUCGUCUGCGGUAACAACAACUGUUUCUGGAAGAAAAACUCUAGCAACUUUGUGGAGGUCCCUUACAUAGUGAGCAGUGAAUACUCCGCUACUGAAAUCUCAGUUAUUCAGAAAGCAAUGUCCGGAAUUCACAAUAAAACAUGCAUUCGUUUUGUGCCUCGAAUAAGUCAGACUGACUACAUCAGUAUUGAGAACCAAGAUGGAUGCUUUGCUUUUAUUGGUAAAAAUGGGGGCAAACAGUUGGUCUCCCUUAGGAAAAAGGGUUGCGUGUAUCAUAGCAUCGUUCAGCAUGAGCUUAAUCAUGCCCUGGGCUUCUACCACGAACACGUCAGAAGCGACCGUGACAGUUAUAUUACGAUUCACUGGGAGUACAUCGCAACUAAUGAGAUCAGAAACUUCAUGAAAAAAAACACCAACAGCCAAAACACCACAUAUGACUAUGGCUCCAUCAUGCACUAUGGAAAAACGGCCUUCACUACAGUGAAAGGCAAGGAAACCAUGACUCCAUAUCCUGAUGAAACGGUGCCAAUUGGAAAGGCCAAGGAAAUGUCUGACAUUGAUAUCUUGAGAAUCAACAUGAUGUACAGCUGUAAUAUUUCAGAUGAUUUGAAAAUAUAGGGCCACAGUACGUGCUCUUAUUUCCAGACACGUCCUUUUUUUGGGACUUAAAAUACGUCCGGCAUCAUGUUAAAAGUUUUUUUAUUUCUAUUGUUGAGGGCCAAACGUUUAAUAGAAUGGUUGUAAUUGUUUUAUGUAUGCUGGAUUGACAACUAGAGGUUGAACUAGGUCUAAAUUCUGAAUAUUGGAAAGGGUUUUUUUUUUACACAAGUUGCCAGGGUGACAACUCCAACAAGAGGAAGCAUGCCUGAAGAUCGAGUAUUACAUAAACUAGUAAGCUAAUGGUAAAACACUGAAAUUAAAUAUGCUGUGUUUUUUACAGCCAAGGCAAACCAGGAUGCUGAAAUAUAAUUGGGUAAACUGGUCGUGGGUGUACAUUUUCACAUUGUGCAUUCUUAAAGUCACUUUAGUAUUGUUUGUCAGACAACAACACUUUCUUAAAUAUCUGCAAACUUACUUUUAUGCUUUUGCAGAGUCAAAAAAUAGUUUAUAAAAAGUUUGUAAAUAUAAUUUACAACCCAUCCCGUACCGCAAACUGAAAUAGGGGCCUAAUCCCAAUUCUACCCCUUAGCCCUUCCCCUUACAAAAUUCUCUUUACCUUGAAGGCUUAGGGCUAAAGGGAAGGGCUAGAUAGCCCUUUAAGCAGAGAUUUUUCAAUACCACACUCAAAACCAAGAGUUAAGAAAAUUUCCCAGAAUACAGCAGCUAGAAAUUAUCGCUACAUUAUAGCGUUAUUAUAGCAUGGUACUGUUACCUGCAGUGAUUUCCUGAAGAUAAAUAGCAAAAAAUCCAGAUGACGUGCAGGUGUUGUAGUGCUGUGCCAUUUCUUAGGGGUAAAUUUUGAAGCCCUUCCCCUUCACACUCUGUUUCAAGGGCCAAGGGGAAGUAGUAGGGGUAAAAAAAAUAUAAUUUUGAUUGUAAAAAUGCUCUGUCUACAGAUGAAUAAAGUUUUAUUCUUGUCUUAUUGUUUUAAAAAAUAAAUAAAUAACAUUUUGUCUUGUGAGGCAAAAUAAAGCUAAUUUUAAAGAAAC